UUUUUUUUCCCUCUGGGCUUACGAGAACUGAGCCGAAGUGGGAAACGUUAUUUGCUUUUACGAAACAAUUUACUUUUGUGCAACCUGAAGAUGUGUCAAUCAAGCAAAUAAAGGAAGAAAGCCUUAUUUAUAAAAUUGCCUGCUUCUGAUUUCACUUUGUUGCUUCUCAGGCUGCACGAGGGAAAAUAAAAAAAUGAAGAUUUUGCUGCUGGGUCUUUUUCUACUUUUAUAUAGUAACUCAGCCUGGGCGAAAGAGAAACAUUACUACAUUGGGAUUAUCGAAACAACUUGGAACUAUGCGCCUGACAAUGGGGAAAAGAGACUAAUUUCAGUUGACAGGGAACAUUCAGAUAUCUAUCUUCAAAAUGGCCCAGAUAGAAUUGGAAGGUUGUAUAAGAAGGCCCUUUAUGUUCAGUACACAGACAGAACUUUUAGCACAAUUAUAGAAAAACCUGUCUGGCUGGGGUUUUUAGGCCCUGUUAUCAAAGCUGAAACUGGAGAUAAAGUUUAUGUUCACCUAAAAAACUUUGCCUCUAGGCCCUACACUUUCCAUCCACAUGGAGUAACUUACCAUAAGGAACAUGAGGGGGCCAUCUAUCCUGAUAACACCACAGAUUUUCACAAAGCAGAUGACAAAGUGCAUCCUGGUGAGCAGUACACAUAUGUAAUGAACGCCACCCAAGAGCAAAGUCCUGGUGAAGAAGAUAGCAAUUGUGUGACCAGGAUUUACCAUUCCCACAUUGAUGCUCCAAAAGAUAUCGCCUCAGGACUCAUCGGACCUUUAAUAUUCUGUAAAAAAGAUUCUCUGGAUCAAGAAAAAGAAAAAAAUAUUGACCAAGAAUUUGUGCUGAUGUUUUCUGUGGUGGAUGAAAAUCUCAGCUGGUACCUAUAUGACAACAUUAAAACCUACUGCUCUGAACCAGAGAAAGUUGAGGAAGAUAACGAAGAUUUCCAAGAGAGUAACAGGAUGUAUUCUGUGAAUGGAUAUACUUUUGGAAGUCUCCCAGGACUCUCCAUGUGUGCAGAAGACAAAGUAAAAUGGUAUCUUUUUGGCAUGGGUAAUGAAAUUGAUGUGCACUCAGCUUUCUUCCACGGCCAAGUGUUGACUAAUAAGGGCUACCGUAUUGAUACAGUCAAUCUCUUUCCUGCUACCCUCUUUGAAGCUUUUAUGGUGGCCCAGAGUCCUGGAGAAUGGAUGCUUAGCUGUCAGAAUCUAAACCACCUGAAAGCUGGUCUGCAGGCCUUUUUCCAGGUACAAGACUGUAACAAGCCUUCAUCAGAGGACAGUAUCCUUGGGAAACAUGUCAGGCAUUACUACAUCGCUGCUGAGGAAAUCAUCUGGAACUACGCACCCUCUGGAAUAGACACCUUCACCCAAGAAAAUUUAACAGCACCUGGAAGUGCUUCAGAGGUAUUUUUUGAACAAGGUCCUACAAGAAUUGGAGGAUCUUAUAAAAAGCUGGUUUAUCGUGAGUACACAGAUGCCUCCUUCACAAAUCAAAAGAAGAGGGGCCCUGAAGAGGAACAUCUUGGCAUCCUGGGUCCUGUCAUUUGGGCAGAGGUGGGAGACACGAUCAGAGUCACUUUCCAUAACAAAGGAACAUAUCACCUCAGUAUUGAGCCCAUUGGGGUGAGAGUCAGUAAGGACAACGAGGGCUCGUACUAUGCCUCACAUCACAACCCCUCAAGUGGAAGUGUGCCUCCUUCAGGCUCCCAUGUGGCACCUCAACAAACAUUUACCUAUGAAUGGACUGUGCCCAAAGAAGUGGGACCCACUUACAAAGACCCUGUCUGUCUAUCUAAGAUGUAUUACUCUGCUGUGGAUCCCACUAAAGAUAUAUUCACUGGGCUUAUUGGGCCAAUGAAAAUAUGCAGGAAAGGAAGUUUACAUGAAAAUGGGAGACAGAAAGAUGUAGACAAGGAGUUCUAUUUAUUUCCCACAGUGUUUGAUGAGAAUGAAAGUUUACUCCUAGAUGAUAAUAUUAGAAUGUUUACAACUGCACCUCACCUGGUAAAUAAGGAAGAUGAAGACUUUCAGGAAUCUAAUAAGAUGCACUCCAUGAAUGGAUUCAUGUAUGGGAAUCAGCCUGGUCUCAGUAUGUGCAAAGGAGAGUCAGUCGUGUGGUACUUAUUCAGCGCUGGAAAUGAGGCUGAUGUACACGGGAUUUACUUUACAGGAAACACAUAUCUGUCAAAAGGAGAAAGAAGAGACACAGGAAAUCUCUUCCCUCAAACAAGUCUUACACUCUUCAUGCAGCCUGAUGCUCAAGGGAUAUUUGACGUUGAGUGCUUAACAACCGAUCACUAUACGGGAGGCAUGAAGCAAAAAUACACUGUGAACACGUGCAGGCAACAGGCUGAGAACCCAAGGUCCUCCCAGGGACAGCGGACCUACUACAUCGCGGCAGUGGAGGUGGAGUGGGAUUAUUCCCCAAGCAGGGAGUGGGAAAAGGAGCUGCAUCACUUACAAGAACAAAAUGUUUCAAAUGCAUUUUUAGAUAAGGAAGAAUUUUACAUAGGCUCAAAGUACAAGAAAGUUGUGUAUCGGCAAUACACCGACAGCACGUUCAGAGUUCCAGUGGAAAGGAAGGCUAAAGAAGAACACCUGGGAAUUCUAGGUCCACAACUUCAUGCAAAUGUUGGAGACAAAGUUGUAAUUAUCUUUAAAAACAUGGCCACAAGGCCUUACUCAAUACAUGCCCAUGGGGUGAAAACAGAGGAUUCUAUAGUUACUCCAACUUUACCAGGUGAAACUCACACGUACAUAUGGAAAAUCCCAGAAAGAUCUGGAGCUGGAACAGAGGAUUCUGCUUGUAUUCCAUGGGCUUACUAUUCAACGGUGGAUCAAGUUAAGGAUCUUUAUAGUGGAUUAAUUGGCCCACUGAUUGUUUGUCGGACACAUUAUAUGAAAAUGUUCAAUCCUAUAACGAAACUGGAAUUUUCUCUUCUGUUUUUUGUUUUUGAUGAAAAUGAAUCCUGGUAUAUAGAUGACAAUAUCAAAACAUACUCUGAGCACCCUGAGAAAGUAAACAAAGAUGAUGAGGAAUUCAUAGAAAGCAAUAAGAUGCACGCUAUUAAUGGAAGAAUGUUCGGGAACCUACAAGGCCUCACAAUGCAUGUGGGAGAUGAAGUCAAUUGGUAUCUGAUGGGAAUGGGCAAUGAAAUAGACUUGCACUCUGUACAUUUUCACGGCCACAGCUUCGGAUACAAGCACAGGGGCAUCUAUAGGUCUGAUGUCUUCGACAUUUUCCCUGGGACCUUCCAAACUCUAGAAAUGUUUCCAAAAACACCUGGAAUCUGGUUACUCCACUGCCAUGUGACUGACCACAUUCAUGCUGGAAUGGAAACUACUUACACGGUUCUACCAAAUGAAGAGUGGUACUGAGAGCAUCACAACACCAAAGAGGGGAACAGGCAAAUAAACCACUGGGAUUGACGCCACCUACUGAAGAAGGUGAAGAGCCAAAGAUGAGAAAGAAAACUUUAUAAAUAGUGUUUGAAGAAUAUCAGCACACAUGCAAACCAGCACACAAAAGCAUGGUCCUGUUCAGAGAAAAACACCCAAGAGUGAGGGGACACUGAGGCAGGCAUUCUGGAAAUUUGUGUGUGCAAAUGCCUGAUGUGCAGAGGAUGUUGCUACAGGCUAACCCUACACACCCAGGCACUGGAAAGUCCUCCUGUAGAAAUAGCCUGGAAGGAGAGGGAGAUGAUUGCUUGCUUGAGAAAGGGGAGACUGUUUUAAAAGCCAUAGGGAAAACUGUAGAACAAAGAGCAAAUGUGAAGAGAGAACACACAGUGGGGAAAAGAUGAAAGAAACUGGCUUUUACAAAAAGAUAAGGUAUUGCGUGGCCUGGAAGAAGCAGUAAUGAACAAAAACGAUAGUUUGAACUCUAAACAAAAAAAUGGAGAGCCACGUUUACCAGUCUGAAUUAUCUUUAAACAAAGGUUUCAUAAAGCUCUGGACAAGUCUACAUGAAUUCUGAAUCUUGGAAAUUUUUCUGCUUACCUGACACAGAAAAGAGAGCACAUGAAGUUAGAGUAAAACGUUCCGAUAUUAUGCGCCGGGAGACAGGCAAUUUCCUCCACAAGGAAAAAAAAAAAACACUAGAAAAGAAUUGUGGCUAUCCCAUUACACUUAAUAUAGUGCUUCAUUUCCCCUACCACAAGAAGCAUAACCAAGAUCUCCUCUGACAAAUAAAAAAGGUACUUUUUUUUUUUUAGACUGUGACACUUCUAUGACAAUAAGAUAACCUUCUGGAGGAGUCUGUGGGGAAAAAAAAAGCUUGCUUAGCUUUUAGUUACUUACAGGCAGGGAUUAUAUAUUCUGUAUUUCUACUAAGUACCCAAAUCCAAUAUUCUGCUUGGUAAAAAUAUCUGAAUCUGUUCAAUGAAAAGGAGCUUUUUAAAACUUUUUUUGGCCAUAAUGUCAGAUUUAGAGAAACACUGCAAGAGCAAUACAAAAAAUUCCCAUGUACCCUUCACCGAAAUUCCCCAAAUGUUAACAUUUUACAUAGCCACCUGUGCUUUUGCCUCCCCGUCCUACCUGCCCCCCCAACACACACACAAUAGUAAACAUACAUACAUCUAGUUCCUUAAAAACAAGGUUAUUAUAUAUAAACACAAUACACUUCUCAAAAUGAGGAAGUUAAAAAUGAUUCAAUGCUACAGACCCUUUUCAAAUUUCACAAAUUAUUCUCAUCACGUUCUUCACAGAAAAAGAAACUCCCAGUCAUACAUUGUGUUCAGCUGGCAUGUCUUCUUAGUCUGAAGCAGUUUGUCUUUUACAACUUUGACAUUUUUAAAGAAUACAGGGCAGUGACUUUGCAGAACAUCCUUCAAUUUGGGUUUGUCUAAUGUUUCCUCAUGAUUAGAUUCAGGUUAUGCAUUUUUGGGGGGCAGGAUUCUCACAGAAGUGAUACUGUUUUUCUCAGUACACAUGUCAAGACGCACCUGAUGUUGAUUUUUUUCUCUUAGUGAUUAUGUUAACGUUGAGCAUUUGAUUAAGGAGAUGUCUGCCAGGUUUCAUUAUUGUAAAGUUAUUAUUUUUCCCUUUAUAAUUAAUGAAGAUCUUGCAGGGAGGAGACAUUUUUCUUUAAAUAAAGCAGUACUAAAAUGAGACAUGUGUUUUUAAACAUAUAAAAAAAUGGAAAAAUAGAAAUGAAUCAAGAAUUAAAAUAACUAACAUCAAAAAAUUAGAAUACAUUUAAACCAUAUGAUAAAUACAAUAGUUCCCCGACCCUUAUCCAUCCUCCCAGGGGACACCUGAAACGACAGAUAGUACUAUACUCUGUAUAUAUUAUUUUUUUCCUAUACAUACAUACCUAUGAUAAAGUCUAAUUUUUAAAUUAGGCAGAGUAAGAGAUUAACAACAACAAUAAUAAAAUAGAACGGUUAUAAUAUACUGUAAUGUUAUGUGAAUGUGGUCUCUCUCUCUCUCUCUCUCUCACACACACACACACACACACACACACACACACAAAACAUACUUUACUGAUCCCUCUUAUUCUUGUGAUGAGGUGAAGUGACGUGAAUGACGUAGGCAUUGUGACAUAGUGUUAAGCUAUUACCUUCUGAGGAACCUCUGCUUCUGGACUGCAGCUGACCAUGGAUCACUGGAGCCAUGGAUAAGGGAGGACUACUGUACUGUUUUUAAUAAUGGUCUUAAAAUUUUUCUUCCUAUAGAGACCAAGUCUGGCUGAAAGAAAUAAAUUGGUGAUAAGUGAAAAAAAAAAGAAAAGAAAAAAAACAA